AUGUCUGAGGAGGAAAUCAGAAAAUCGUUUGGACAUCUAAGACUGCUCGAAUGUGUCACGUCGAGCCACACAAGGUGCCAGAUUUGGAAGGUUUUGCCGCAUCUGGACAUCGUCCGAAACGUCCAAAGAUUUGGUCUCGCGUUGGAAGAUUUCCUUGAAGACGACGACUCGCCAAGAGAGCGGAAAUGUUUACACUUAACCGAUGACGCGAAUUCCAACUGGAUCUUCUGCUCGUGUCCAGAUUUCUCUUUCUCCAGCAUCAGAUUCUUGGAGCUCAGUUGCUUGGAAAAAACGUGGGUCAAGAACGAGGUUACCCCAAACGCAUCGAGCACACUGGAAAGUCUGGUCAUCAACCUUUUACACCCUGAAGCGUCAGUUGGAGCUAUUCUGCGAGAAUAUGGAGCAAACCUUCGAAGGCUUUUCAUUAAUGGAUUUAGAUUUCAAAAUAUCCAGCUGGGACUCAUCUCUGAACUUUGCCCCAGGCUUGAAGCAAUUCAUCUAAAAUUAGUUGGUGUCAAUGGAAUUUCCCAAUCAACCAGCUUCCGCCACCUGAAAGAAUUUAUUUGGGCCCAUUCAGAUUUCAAGUUGGAAGCCAGCCUCUCUGCCGUUUUUUCUUGUGCACCAAACCUGCAAAAGGUUCAAAUAGAAGGCCAGCAAUUCAACCUGAACGAUCUGCAGCAAGUGAAGAUUUUGACCAUCGAAGAGAAGAUUCUGGGUUCAUUACAGUCUCUGCGCUGGAAAAUUGGUUGGUGCACAUCAGCCAUCUUGAAGGGAAUCACGGAAAUCGUGAAAAAUGCGUCUGCAAUUCUGCCGGAACUUAGAGAGUUGGAGCUUUCUUACGAGAACACCGUCCUGACUUCCGCGAAAAUCGCGCAUUCUGUGCACGGUGACAGUUUCAGAAAUGAGUUUUUCCGAUCAAUGCCUGACAACGGUUUGUCCAAAGCCAUGAUGGCUGAUAAAAUUCUCGUCGAGGUUUUAAAAUCUUAUAAAUAAAU